CGCCGCGGGCGGGCCGCCGGGCGCCGCGGGCGGGCCGCCGGGCGCCGCGCUGCCGCUGCUGCUGCACCGUGCGCUGGCCGAAGCGGCCCGCUGGCCUCACGAUCUGUUUGCCUUAUCGACUAUAUCGGAGUGCGAGGAUUGGAGGGCGGAAGGGGAAGAUGGCAUGGAAGAGAGCGGUCCCUUCGAGCACGCUCUCUCCGCGGAGCACUGCCUGGCGCGCUGGGCCGCUAGACUCAAAAUAAGGUCGCUGCGGGUGCAGUCGCUGGAGGGUGGGGGGCAGGAGGCGGGCGCGCGGCUCCGCGGCGCGCAGCUGGCGUGGUGCGAGCGCGCGAGCGGCGCGGUGCUGUGUGGCCCGCCCGCCGCGCGCGCGCUGCUGCGCGACGUGCUGCGCUGCUGCCGCGAGCUGCCGGAGCUGUACGAGCGGGAGACGCUGCGCUGGGCGCGGGUGAAGGUGCGCGCGCUCGGCGACCUGUCGGCGAGCGCGGCCGGCGCGGCGGGCCUGCCCGACCACCUGCGCCUCGCCGAGCGGCUGUGGCCGCGCACCGAGCUGGGCUCGCGCGGCGCCGCGCUGGAGCUGGCCGUGCUCGCGCUGCGCCUGCGCCUCCGCACCGCCGCUCUUUCAAAAGAAAAUAUACAAGCGGUACUAUCGUUUGUGAAAGAAAAAUGGGCGUCAGGAUUAGAAGAGGGGAAGGGUGACGAGUGGGAGGGGUGGCAGGGCGCGGCCGGGGGGCGGGGGGCGGCGGACGCCCACGCGCUCGACGAGGCGUUCCUGAUUGCCGUCUCGCACUAUGACCGCAUGUGGAGCAGCGCACACGGAAUGUCUGAGCGAGAAGAUUUAAUAAGCGAAAUGUAUGAAGCUCUCCGCUCGUACCGGCGCGUGCGGGGCGGCGGGCCGGGCGGGGCGGGCGCGGCGGGCCUGCUGGACGUGCUGCUGGCGCGCCUGCUGCAGCGGCGCCGCGCGGGCGGGGACACGCGCCGUCUGGCAAACGAGUUGGAAGAAUUGUCGAUCGCGACGGAGGAGUACCAGGCGGAGGCGCUGCGGGAGUGCGGCGCGGGGGGCGGGGCGGGGGGCGUUGCGGAGGGCGGGGCGGAGGGCGGGGCGAGCGGCGAGCGCGAGCGGCAGCGGGCGGCGUGGCGCGCGCGGCUGGCGCUCGUGGCGCACCCGCUGCACGCGCUGCACCACUACCUCGUGCGCCUGCUGCGCGCCGCCGCCGACCACGACGCGGCGGCGUGGGCGGCGGCGCUGCGCCAGCUCGACGGCAAGAUGUUCCACGAGCACGCCGGCCCCGACUACCUCGUGCUGGACAAGUACCGGGCGCGCCUGCGACCCUUCCAAUCUUUUGAAGUCGGCGAUCCUUCUGAACGACUGAAAGUAUUACGCGAUCUAGAGCGUGAGGUGCGGCCCGGCGCGGCGGGCGGCGGGUCGGGCGGCGGGCCGCUGCGCCUGGCGCGGCUCAGCCCCGCGCUGGCCCAGCCCGCCGACCCGACGCGGGCGCUCGCCGACCUGCUCGGCCUGCCGCCGCAUCUGACCGUUUACAAGUUCGAUGAUGAGGUGGCGGUGUUCGGCGACAGCGCGCGGCGGCCGGCCGUGCUGCGCGCGCGGCUGGCGGACGGCGCGGCGCGGCGCUGGCUCGUCAAGGGCGGCGACUGCCCGCGCGCUGACCGCGCCGCGCAGGCGCUGGCCCGCCAGCUCGCCCCCCACGCCAUCACCACUUACCUGGUGCGUGCGCUGUCAGCGGACUGCGCGCUGCUGCAGUUCCUGGAGCGACACCGGCGCCUCGACGCGCUCGUGGCUCGCCGCGCGCCGCAACACGCGCCCGAAAUGACGGACGACCGCCACUGCGAACUCGACGUCGAAGAGAAAGUGCGGCAAUUUCGCGACAUGUGCGAGCGGGUCCCACUGCGGGCGUUACGGUCGGCGAUGGAGGAGGACAGCGUCGACGUUGAAGAUUUCAUUCGCAAACGACGCAAUUUCACCGAAUCGCUCGCGGCGAACGCGGUUCUCGCGUACGUAAUAGGCGUGGGAGACCGGCACCCGCAGAACGUGCUGGUGUGCGCGGCGUCGGGCGCGCUGGCGCACGUGGACUGGGCCAGCGCGCCGCACGCCGCCCCGCGCGCGCUCGAGCCCGCGCCCGCGCGCCUCACGCGCACGCUGCUCGCCUGCGCCGCGCCCGGUGAGUGCCCGCCGCACCCCGCUCCCCCGCUCCCCCGCCGCACCCCGCUCCCCGCCGCUCCCCCGCUCCCCCGCGAGAUUUGCAGCGAAGGAUGUCUUCGUAUAGAACCAACACUACCGUUUCGUUUAUCUGGUCUCGAUCAACACGGCUUCGGUGGAAACUCCCACACGUUUUCACGGCACACAUCUUCGGUGGAAACGCAUCCUGAGCGACGUGUCGCAGUCGCAGUAAAGUGUAAAGUGCGCGUCUGGUUCCAGGCGUGCGGCACGCGGUGCGCGCGUGGAGCGAGCGGGCGCGCGAGCUGGCCGGCCCGCUGGCGGCCCGCGCGCGCCUCGCGCUCGACCACUUGGACGGACGUAAGGUGUCUUUUAUUGAAGAUGUUCUGCACGGAAAGCUGGUUGCGCACGAGGUGGCCCGCACGCUGCUGCGCGACGCGCUCGAGGCCGCUCCGGCCGGUCGGACGGACGGUCGGAUGGACGCGGAUGCGCAGAAGCGUCAGCGGACGCAGGCUCAACUUAUUCUCGAUGAGCUGCAGGACCUGUUUGACGACUUUCCCAAAAAGGAUCACUAUUCUGUUGAAGAGCAAGUUCAUAGUCUUUUGCGAGCGAGUACUGCACCGAGACUUCUGGCGAUGACACGUCCCGCAUGGCAAGCCUGGAUGUAAUGAUGUUUCAUAAAUAAAGAACGCGUUAUGAACGAACGAUUAUAUUGUAUUUUUUUAAUAAACUUCUGUCGAGAAAGU